GAAAUCCAGUAGAGGAGACUUCGUAUUUUCUGCUGAUCGUCUGAUCAGACUCGUGGUUGAAGAGGGACUGAACCAAUUGCCAUACACAGAAUGUACCGUGACCACUCCUACAGGACACAAGUAUGAAGGCGUCAGAUUUGAAAAGGGAAACUGCGGAGUCAGCAUCAUGAGAAGUGGAGAGGCAAUGGAACAAGGUUUACGAGACUGCUGUAGAUCAAUCCGCAUCGGAAAAAUCCUGAUCCAGAGCGAUGAAGAGACUCAAAGAGCAAAAGUGUACUACGCUAAGUUUCCACCUGACAUUUACAGGAGAAAAGUUCUUCUCAUGUACCCAAUACUAAGUACUGGUAAUACUGUCAUUGAGGCUGUCAAAGUUCUUGUAGAACAUGGCGUACAACCAAGUGUCAUUAUCCUGCUCAGCCUGUUCUCCACGCCUCAUGGUGCCAAAUCCAUCAUCCAGGAAUUCCCCGAGAUCACCAUUUUAACCACAGAAGUUCAUCCUGUCGCACCAACACACUUUGGACAGAAGUAUUUUGGAACAGACUGACACACUUGGAACAAACGGACAUGACUCUCUGAUCUUACAAGAGGUUUUUUUUCUACGUUUUAUUAUUGUUGAGGUAGUUGAGGGUAUGUUUAAAAAUCUUUUUGGCCAAAGGGGAAAUACUUGACUUCGAUUAGUUCUGGUCAGUCAGUGCCUGAACUCCGGACCAGGUACAGUAACGAGGCACUCUGUCAUUACAAAGGCAAGCAUCUCAAUGCUGGGGUUGUAUAAAUUGCUACACUCUCUGCUUUUAAUUUAUUUAUUCUUCUGUAGCCUGUCUUGUGGCUGCUUGCAAGAGCAAAAUAAAACAACUAAAU